AUGAUCGUGGAUUUGGUGAGUGCCGCUCGUCAAGCAGACUGGGAUCGCGCUCGUGAACUCCUCUACCAUCAUUGGGGUUCAGAAUGCCCAAAGCUUUACGCACCCAAUCCGGAACAUCCUUGGGAAGUUGCUCAAGAUGAUAAAGAUAUCAAUUCAGCUCUGUUCGUACCGUUGGCUGGUGCUUUUUGUGCCGACUCUUCGGUGACGGACUCUUCCCUCCGACCUUUGAUCGAACAAGCUGGUCUCUCGUCUGAAAGACGUCGGCCAGGUCAAAUAUGUGGUCAUGUCUUUAAGAGUGGCGAACUCACAUACAGUUGCAAAGACUGCGCAACAGAUGCUACAUGUGUCAUGUGCCACGAAUGCUUUCACUUAUCAGAACACAAAGCACAUAAGUACAAGAUGCAUACAUCCACGGGUGCAGGUUAUUGCGACUGUGGUGACAAAGAUGCAUGGAGGAGUGGUUACGCCUGCAAGUUACAUGAAAAGAACGAGAGCGACACUGUCCCAUUUUCACUGCCAGAGUCUCUCGAGAUGAGACUCCGUGGGCUGGCAUGCCUUAUUCUUCAAUAUUCUACGAAAUUGAUAUGCUGGGAAAAGGCUGAUGUUUUGCCAAUAAAUCUCACUGGAUGCUGUUAUAAAAACUAUUGCAGCGUCCCCAUGGAAAAACCAGAGGUUCCAAGUAUCGCCCCUUAUGUUACCGUCUUGUACAACGACGAAACGCAUACGUACGAGACCGUCAUUCGGGCGUUGGAAAUGUUCAUAAAUUGUACAAAGGAUCAAGCAAUGCUAAUCGCUACAAUAGUUGACCGCGAAGGUCGAAGUUCGGUCAAGGUUGGGCCAAAACCAGACUGCGAACGAGUCAAAUCCGAUAUACAGCGUCGCACUCUUCGUGACGUUAACAGGCGGACAGAAAAGGCAGGUCCUCUUGACGUGAAAGUAAUGGACGGCGCAUUAGUAGCUCAUCAAAACCAUGCCAUUGCGUUGCUUGCUUGGCUGAACUCGCAAAUUGACUCUUUUCCAAUCCUUGGCUCCAUUGUGGGUGAUAUUCUGUUGAACACAAUGGUAGAACGGGACGAUGAUGAACUUGAAGCUCAGGAAACAAUACUCGUUCGACUACUGCGGUUUGACAAGAAAAUGUGGAAAUCUGCGCGAGCUAAUACUCACCAAAUGUUGAUGAAGACCGUACUCAUGAAUUUCGAGCAGAAAGUAUUUUUCUCGAAAACAUUCCUUGAGCAUUAUGACGAUAUCUACGCAGAAUUCAUAGACGAUGAUCAUGACAUCGAUAUUUCUGUUGUUAGCCUCACUGUCCAGUUCUUGACAGUUCCCAGUAUAGCGAGGCGUUUGAUUGCCGAAGAUGGUGCCAUGCGAACAGUUUUCACGACACUGAUGAAACAUACUGAUAAAUUUACCAAAGUGUCUGCUUUUGUAUCCGCUCAUUUAUAUCCAGAAGCUCCAAACGAUUUAACUCGUUUUGACUUUGCCAAACACUCAUUUCCUGUCACUGUGAGGAGAGGGAUCCAUAUGAUGCGCGACCUUGCAUUGGAACGAUCAACUACGGGAGCGAUUCUUAGAGGGGGUAUGGAUGAGGUGAAGCGGCUUUCAGUGGAACAUCAGGUGUGGGAAUUGGAGUGGGAGACUGCAUUCAACAUUCAACUUCGCAUACAGGACAGCCUCGGCUACGUUAUAGCUUGGGCAGGAUCCGAUCGUGCAACUCAUCGCGCAUUUUUGCGUCUCUGCCUUGAUUCGCUUCUGCUUCAUCCUCCCUCUUGUCUGGAAGAACCAGCAGGAGCUACUCAUACUGUUGUUGAUGAUGGUCUGUCAUCUGGAAAAAGUCACCAUUUUUUAGUUAAUGGAGAAUCGACAGUUAUUAGUCCAUUUGACGUUCUGCGUGGUGCUGUCUCCAUUCAUCAACCGCUAUGGCGUCUGACUGCAGGGCUAUUCACUGCUGAUAGCGACCUGUUGCAAUUCCUUUUGCUUCCUGACUCCAGUAAUUUUACGGACGAUGAGAAAUAUAUACGCUCUCAGAUGAAAAAAAUGGCAACUAUUUUGUACGAGAUGCCUCUCAGGGCUCUGGUUCUGUGCGCUCAAGCUUCUGCGCAGCUAUGGCGUCGCAAUGGAUUCUCACUGGUAAACCAAAUUCACAACUACUACUCACCCCUUUGCCGCACGGAAAUGUUCGACCGUGAUCUGCUGAUGAUGCAGGUAGGAGCCGCAAUCCGUCCACCAACCGAUUUCCUUCUGCAUGUCAUAUGCCGGUUUCGAUUAGUUCAAUGGGCUGAUCAAUCUGGUGAUGGGGGAUCGAAGCACUCGACUCCGUUCGGGAAAAUGGAACCUGAAGAAACUGGAAAAAUCAUAGUCAUAUUGGCUGAGGAAAUGCUACAUUUACUUAUUAUGAUACUUGGUGAGAGAUACCAUCCUGGUGUAGGCAAGUGCACAUUUACGGAGCAGGUGCAACGUGAAGUUAUCCAUGUGUUGUGUACUGGACCACAACCCUUCAGUCAUAUACAAAAACGGAUGUCCCAUGAUCCGAUGGUGGAGCGCAUAUCCCUGCAUGAAGUAGUCAACAGUGUCGCCAACUUUGUCAAGCCGACAACUACCUCAGCUGGACAAUUUCAUCUGAAGGAGUCGUUACUCACCGAAUACAACCCAUUUUUCUACCACUAUUCGAAGAGCGACUUAUCACAAGCUGAACAAUAUCAACAAAAAAUACGCUCAAAACUCAGUCGGGAGCUACAAGCGUGUCCACCAUCUCUACCUGUUGAAUUUGAGCCAUUCUUCGCUCCUGUUCGAAAUAUAUUGAAGACUCCAUGUCUCGUCAAAAUUCUCAAACUUGUUCUGGACAGAACGGGAAAGCGAAGCCGUUUCUCUAGUGAUCGUCUCUUCCAUAGGGCGCUUUUCCUAAUCGGCAUGGCUCUGCAAGAACAAGCUCGGGAUCCCAAAGGCUUUGUCUUCACGGAGGUUGCAGAGAAGGAAGAAAUUCUACGUUCGCUGGAGUCGCUUUCUGGGUCGGCCGAAGUUGCCACCCAUGCAGACUUACUCUGGUGGACUAUACAGGUAAAACUGAGAGCUGCUCGUCAGUGCUGCUUGAUGUAUUUAUCUUAUAAUGCGUGCUUUCAGAAAUAUAAAGAGGUUCAACGUUUGUCCACAACUGGGCAGAAAACGGAACAGCAUGGAGAAGUAAUAGAUAGUCAGGAAAAUCCUAAUGAUGCAAAGGCAAAACGAGCUGCUCGAGCGGCAAAGAUGCGCGAACAAGCAAUGUUGAAGAUGUCAAAAAUGCAAAAGUCGUUUUUGAAAGUCAUGGAGACAGAGAGUCCAGCUUCAACAGAGCCUCUUGCGAAAGGCGGCGCUCUGUGUGAACUUCGUGGAGAUGACGACGAAGAUUUUGUGAGCAAGCAGCAAGAUCAUGGUUUUCCUGUUUGCUUGGGUCUGCAACGAAGCCGAGUGGAAGAAGUAUUGCCUCGUAAAGUGACCUGCAUACUUUGCCAAGAAGAGGAGACGCUCUCUCCCGAAAAUGGAAAGGCAUUUGUCUGUGCUGCCUACGUUCAGAAAUCUUUGCUAUUUGCGCAACAGGGAGAACCUGAAACUGAAGCUAAGUUGCGGGAUUUGGCGCCGGCUAAUCUCCUCUUUGGCAUUGAUGCUUCAACAUGUUCGCACACAAUGCACUAUGAAUGUUUCCACAGCCUUUCGGAAACUCUUCUGAGUAGAGAACGUCAGCGCCCACGUCAACAGAUGGUUCUCAAUCAGAAAAUGGUCGAUCCAGAGGUGGGUGAGUACUUGUGUCCACUCUGCAAACGUCUUUCCAAUACUGCUAUGCCUUUGUUGCCAGCGUUACAACUAAUGGACAUCGACGGGUCAGUAAAUUCGGCCCUUACUGCGGAGGGGUUCCCUCUACUUUGCCAUAGGAAGUCAACUAUUCUUUUCAGUUUCUCCACAGCGAGCAGCGAUUCACCAGAGACUUUCGAUAGUUGGGUCAGCCGAGUGAAAAGCCUUUUGGAUACUCCCUUGGUUCGACAGACACCUGCACAGAAACCAAAAUCACACAGCAGAAAGAGAUCUCAUUCUGAGCGUUCUCUGUUGGAACUUGCAAAGCAAGGAGACGAGCUCUCAACAAUGCCGCUGGAUAAUUCUUUGUCGACAUCAGUACCGUCUGCAUCUACUAUGUCUCUUUUACUGGGACAGAAAGCUCCUGCUCAGGAGCCGACUUCGCCGCCAUUCGAGACCGCUUCCUCAUCAGACUUCGCGGCAUCACGCCGGGAAAGAAGGAGUGAUAGUUCUGGUGCACGAUUCGGCUUCCUUGGUGGCAUAAUUAAAGGAUUACCAGCUGCUGGAGUAGCUGUGCUGUUGAAGCUUUUGCGAAAAAUCGUGGGUCCGUCGUACGAACGUUAUGAGGAAAUGGUGAAAGUUUUCAGCAGCAUGUUAAUUCACAAGGGACGAAUGCGAGGCGCAGAUGAAAUAAAGGCUCGUGAUACUCACGACGACGUUCACAGCCCACCGGCUGCUUUAGCUGUCUGGAAGAGUGCUGCUCACGUGGCUAGAACAACGGCCGCUGUUUUAGCUUAUGAACGAAAACCUCUUUUUUGUGCAAUAAAUACACGCCAGCGCGACUGCCUCCUGGCAAUGGCACGUCUUUCGGCGGUACUUUCCUUCUGCAUCCAGCUCCUUCCGGACUUCAUCGCUAAUAUGCUACGAGUUCUCCUUUCACCACCUCCGCUAGCAACAACCUCUGGUGCAGCUCCUGUCAGCCCACGAUCACCGGAGUAUCACACUGCUACGAGCCCUGUCCAUAGCUUCACGAAUGCUAGCCCGUUGUCGUCAUCAGCAGAUUCCCCGGCGAAGCUGUUGUCCUCCACGUUUGCGCAACUAUUUUCGAGUAAAAAGGAUGUCAAUGUCAACCUCCUCCAUGUGGACAUGUUGAGUCUCGCUAUCUCGCUGAUGAUGUCAAUUGGAUGGACGUGGCAUGAUGGAGUUCAGUCUUUGAAAACAACACGGCAACUUCGUGAGAUGCUGCCAGAUGGCUCCCAGGAUGAACUGCAUGUUCUGCGUCUCUGCCUUAGUGGACUUUUCUUCCAGGUUUUCGCAACAUUCGAAGACAGUGAGAUGUCGGAGGCAGAUGACAAUGAGAAAGUCGAUGAAAUAUUGGCCACGCGUCUUCAGCUACUGUGGUCAAUCGUUAGACCUUCGGACACUCCUCUCAGUGAUGUCGCGCGUCUUCGAUCGGUAAUUACUUCGUUUUCCGAUUAUAUUUCUGUGAAUUUUAUUUAUUUGCAAUACAUUACUCCAUUACAGACUCUUGUUGAAGCGACACUGUCGUUUUUACGUCCUCUAGCUCUUUUCUAUCACGCUCUAACUCUGGUCAAUCCUCCGGAAGCAUUGAAAGGUGCAACCAAAUUGACUUUACAUGUAUUCAAACCUUCCAGGUGGUCGGCGGCUAUGCCUGCCUUCCCACAAUCAAUUGUUCGUCAGCCCAUUAAGGCAACUCAACUCGUGGACCUUCCUUAUGACUUCAGUGAAGUCAUUCACCUUGCGUCAGCUUUCAAGUGUCCAUCAAUUCCAUUGGAUGAAAAUGCAGCUAACGUACCAACCAUGUGUCUUGUUUGUGGUCAGAUACUUUGCUCUCAAAGCUACUGCUGUCAGAAACAGGUUGGUAAGGAAAGUACAGGGGCGUGUAGAUACCAUAUGUUGCACUGUUCUGGACCCAUGGGUGUUUUUCUGAGCAAUGCUGGAAAUCUUUUUGCGUUCAGGAUUCGAGACUGUGCGAUAGUACUGAUGACAACACGAAAUCGUGGCUGUUUCCGUCCAGCACCUUAUGUCGAUGAAUUCGGAGAAGCUGAUCAAGGAUUCAGACGAGGUAAUCCGCUGCACCUCAAUGAGGAACUCUACCACAAGUUGCGGCAACUUUGGCUUCAACAGGGUAUUGCUGAAGAAGUUGUGAAUCAGUAUGAAAUUGAUCAUCGCAACAUGCAGUACGAUUGGGGUCAUUUCUGA